AUGAUCAGCCAAAACUGGUCGCAGUUGAAAUCCCGAUUCGCUAAGAGGCCUCUACCGACGCCUUCCCAGGACGGUCCAUCGAAGAAGCGUGUGCGAGUUGCGAAGAAAUCCAAGAGUACAGGGCAUCGUGGAAACGUUUCCAAGAAUCAGCUGCAGCAUUGGAUCGGGCUUGAGUUGGGCCGCUGGAAUGUCAUGGACGAACUGGUAGCUGGCUACGAGCUGCACAUCUCACCCAGCUUGGGCGGUGCAGACUCCAGCCGCAAUGAGCAGAAACGCAAGAGGCAUUUAGAGGCUUGGCUCUGGGCGCGUUUGUUCCACCCUUUGUUGCCUUUGGGAGAGCCAUCACAAGAAGCAAUCAAGCGUGGGGACGACCAGCUUCUGCAGAAGCUCGUGAACGCAGGCGUCAACAAGAAGGAGGCCAAAGCACGAGUCCGCAAGCUGGCAGUCAUCCUGUCUUCCGAGAUUCUGCCGGAGGAAAGCACACGCGUGCAAGUGGACGAGAAUAGCGACGCGGUGAAGCUGACUUGCGGGAAGCGAACAGUGCAGGUUCUGCCACGAUACUUUUCGAAGCUCCGCGACUUGCACACAGGCUCAGGAGCCCAAUUUCAUUUGGCUGCGUUCUUGGUUCUGGCAAGAUAUCGUAUUCUUCAAGUUCAUGACAAAGGAGGUGGCAAUCAGGGAGCGCUCCCGAACUCGGUCUUCGGCAUCUUGCAAGAGUGGGCGUCAGAGCCCAUCAUUGAAGCAUUCGCGUCACCACUCAACACACUGGCUGGAAGGGAUUGCUACCACAGUGCCUUCGGUGAUGUGGAUGGUUUGUUUGGAUCUCGUGGAUCCUUCUUCGAGGCCGAUGUACAGGAGGGAAUCGUGGAAGUGAAUCCUCCCUUUGACGAGGACAUCAUCUGGCGAACUGCUGCGUUUUGCCAAGAAAGUUUGGAGCGGGCCAGGGCUGGCAAGAAGAUGCUCGCAUUCGUGGUCGUGAUACCCGAGACAGAGUGGCCUGGCCACGCAGCAUUCCUGGAGUCCGAAUUUCUUCGCAGAUCCGUCACACUGCAGGCCGGCAGUCACUUCUACCAAGUUGGAAACCAACACUUGAAUCGUUCCAGAACGUACGCGGCUUCGCGAAAUACAAGUCUUCUGCUACUAGCUUCAAGACCACUCGCGGGAGCAAAUGCUUUGUGCGCAAAGUUGAGCACGUCUUUUCAGACUCACGUUGGUGAGCAGGCAAAAAGUGGUGCAGGCACAAACGAACCUCCGAUCACCAAGCUACAACAAGAUGGGGCAGGCUGCGCAGCCGUGCUCCAUGACCUCAAGGUCGCUACUAAUGGCUUUUCAUCUCAAAAGAGCAUUGGUAUCGUAUUGUAUUGUAUUGUUUUGUAUACAAUCUGGUUAUCAGAUUUGACUUUCUUCUUGAGAAAAUUUCAAUUUUUAGUUCUAUCUCUCCCUUUAAAAUUUGUCUUUCAUUCGUUUUCUACAUGA